CCGUUUAUAUGCUUGUGCGCGCUCUCUGAGAGCGCGCAGAGCUGCGAUUCGGUGCCUGCUGUGUCCUCCGGACACAGUGGAAUACCGAUUGUGAGACGGGACCUCUGUGCGAGGUCCAGAUCAUGUGAUCACUGAUUGGCCAAUCAGUGAUCACAUGCAGAGUAGUAAGCAAGGUGUCACUUCUGACAUCAUUACUUACUACGUGUGAAAUCUGUGAAUGAUCACAGAGGUCACAUUGUACAAGGCUAUUCACAACA